UGUUUCUCUUUUUUCUGUUCUUGCUUUUUUCUUGGUUUGUUUGAGAUAUGGGUGCUAGCGAGUCUGCGCAACGUGGUGGAGAUGAACAGCAGAGUGAGGCUGUUGUUGAUUAUUAUAAGAUUUUAGAGGUUGCAGAGGACGCUACGCCGGAUGAGAUCAAGAAAUCGUUUCGUCGGUUGGCGCUCAUAAACCAUCCGGACAAGAACCAUGAUAAUAUAGAAGAAGCAACUAAAAAGUUUGCGGUCAUUCAGCAGGCGUACGAGGUCCUCAGUGACGAACAAGAACGCGCCUGGUACGACUCACAUAAAGCGAAUUUGGUACCGGAGGCCGAUGGGGAUGUGGUGUUUGAGGAUAUUAGGACGGGGAAUAAGGCGCCUAGGACCAAGGAUCGGGGGUUGACGACUAGGCAUCUUGCGAGGUUCUUUGAUGCUACUAUUUGGGAUGGGUUUCAUGAUGAGGAGAAUGGCUUCUUCUCGAUCUACCGUAAUCUUUUCAGCCGUAUUCAAUCGGAAGAAGCGAUGCUCGACCCGGACGCCUCUGGGUACCCUUCGUUUGGGUAUUCAAGUUGGCCUUGGACGACAGAGAUGAAGAAACGAACGAAUGCGGACGGGGCUGCUAGGGAGUUUUAUAGCGUUUGGUCGAAUUUUGCGACGGAGAAGGAGUUUGGGUGGGUGGAGCAGUGGAGGUUGUCGGAGGCGCCGGAUAGGCGUGUGCGAAGGUUGAUGGAGAAGGAUAAUAAGAAGGCGAGGGAUGAUGCGAGGAGGGAGUAUAAUGAGACUGUCCGUGCGCUGGUCAAGUUCCUCAGGAAACGCGAUCCGCGGUUUAAGAAGUACGAGAAGGAGCAGCAGACACUUGCUGCCUCCCAAUCCGCCUCCACUCCCACUUCGAAACAAACGGCUCAACUUGAUCUCGAGAACUAUGUCGAACAAGAUUGGCAGAAGGUUGACCCCGCGUUUCACAAGAGCCACGCGGAUCUGGAGUGGGGGUUGGUUGAAGGCGAGAAUGAUGAGGAGGAGUGGGAGNAGAUGGAGGAGGAUGAGGANGAGUUGGAGUUGCAGGANGCGAUGGAGGCGGAGGCGGAGAUGGAGAUGGAGAGGAGGGCUAGGGAGGAAGAGGCGAACAAGGAGGAGGAAGAAGAAGGGGAGGAGCAGGGAAUAAGGCCGAGUUCCCCACCUUUGUCAGAAACAUCUGAGCCUUCCGACCAUCCACCAUCUUCGAAACCCAAGCCGAAAUCGACACCUAAAUCCACGCCCACGCCGCAGCUUGAAGACGACGAUGUAGAGAUGAUGCCGCUUAGCAAAACUGAGAGGAGAGCGUUGAGGAGGGCUAAAUUGGAUGCUUUAGCGAGCGAAAGUCAGCAGGCUUCCGGGACGCAGACGCCUGUGGGGGAUGAGAACUCUGAAGGUGGAGGUGCGGGGGCAACUCCGCCUCCGCAGAUGAAAGCGGCUGCUUUGAAGAGGGCGAAGAGGAAACAGAAGCAGACGGCUGCUGGGGAGGCUGAGAGUAUUUCGAGUGUAAUGUCUGUCAGGAAGAGUUUGAAGCAAGACGAAGUUGUUUGCGCAUAUCAAGGCCGAGGGGCAUGCGGCUGCUACUGCAGAGCACCCUCCACCGCAGAAUGGGAAGAAGGGGAGGGGGAAGAAGCGGUGAAGUGGACAAUGGCAUACUAG